AUGGCCUCAUAUCCUCACAUACUACCCAUGGAACUUGUUUACGAAACCGCGCGGUUUCUGCAAAACUCUGUCUUGUGUCUUGCUGAAACUGGCACAUCGGGAAUCACGCCUGCCUCUCACGUCCGCCAUCUCUGGUUGGGACCGACAAGCUCUAGCGCAGAGCACGACUUGUCGUACGCCUCCUCCGCCUGGCCUGUCACGCUGAUCCACCGCAUCCUUGCGCACUGCCGGGAGCUGCGUGCGCUUGCACUGAUCAACUUUGCGCAGCACCUCGUCUACCGCAUCGAGGCCAUGAUCCCUCCGACGGUCGAGAUGGUACACCUUGGGCCCGUGCACGGUCACCUCGACUUCCGCAAGCUUGCUUGCGCUGCGCGUCUGCGGACCAUCUCGAGCCUGGACACGUACCUGUCCGACUGGGACGUGCAGGACCUCGUGCUCGCGCCGCAUAUUCGGCGCAUCCGCCGCUUCUACACGGGUAGCAUUGGGCAGCGGAUCGGAUUUGCAUUCGAACAGCUACCGUGCGUGAAGAAGUCGACAUCACUCGAGGAGAUGCAGAUAAUCGUGUGCGGGGAGACGACUGAGGGUGCACGACAGGAGCUGGCGAUGAUGGCAGAAGAGUUCAUGGAUAAUGCGGACGCGCGGGUGGAGCUUAUUGCGAUGGCGCGGAGACCGGAUGGCCAGAUGGACGGAAUAGGAGCGUUCCAUGAUGACUGGCUCGCUGAGCUUGGUUUAUGCUUCAGAAGAACCCAGGUUGAUCCGGUGGAAAAUGGCAGAAUGACACUGCGGUAG